CCCGCCCCCCAUCAAACCAAAGCACAGCUCGCAAGUUCACAAGUCACAACACCGGCCGUGCUCGUCCCACACUCCCCUCAGACCACCUCCCCGCCCCAGUCCCCAUGGCGCCCAAUGCGGCCGUUGCCCGAGUGCCCCUGGCGGUGACCAUCUUCGUGGCGGUCGCGACGAGCAUGCUGCUGGCGCCCGCGGAGGCUGGCCUGUACAGCGACCGUGACGCGCUCUUGGCCCUGCGGGGCGGCCUACAGGACCCUGACGGCGCGCUGCGUUCCUGGAUCCUGGAGGUGAACCCCUGCGAGUGGACCCAGGUCACCUGCGACCGCGUGGCCAACCGCGUCACCGAGAUAGUAAUCGGCUUUGUGAACCUGACUGGACCUCUGUCGCCGGAGCUGGGCAAGCUGGACCAGCUAACCAAACUGUGGAUUUCGUACACCAAUAUCCAAGGAACGAUCCCUGAAGAGCUGGGCAACUUGGAGAACCUGAACACCAUGCACCUGCACAACAACAGCCUCUCGGGGCAGAUACCUGCAUCGCUCGCGAAACUCAAGUCUCUGAAACAGCUGCACCUUCAACAGAACCGCUUGACCGGCCCGAUCCCCAGCGAGCUGGAUGGGCUGUCCGACCAGACGAGCGUUAAUCUGUCAAACAACGAUCUGUGCGGCCCGAUUCCGACGGAUGGUCCCUUCAAGAACAUCAAUUCCAGCCUCGCCGACAACCCGCGGCUGGGCAGCAACUGCUAGGCCGAUGCACGGCGUUGGCUGCCCGCCGGAGUGAAGAAUAAACUGGGUACUCCUACUCCUACUACUAGCAUGCAGCCAGAGAAUCGGGUGGCGCCGGUUCAUGCAUGCACGACUUAGGUGGAUUCGUGAGCGAGGUUAAUUUAGCUGUGUGCCAGUGCCAGAGAGCAGGCAGGCUAAUUUAUGUAUGUGUUGUGUACAAGCCGAGAUCGAUCGUUGUGGGCUUGUUUCUGGCUGUUGCCAUCGAUGGGAUGAGUUACAUAUAUGCUUCCCGUGCCGCUUUGGGUGCUUGAGUCACUACUCUCGAAUCUAUUCAGCGAGUUUC